UGAGUGUUUUUGUGUGCGAGAUUUUUUUUUUUUUUAAUUUUUUUUUUUUAAUUUUUCUUUAUUUUCCUCAUGUUCGACUCUUAGUGAAUCCCUCUUCCAUUUCCUCACCAAUUUUUUCCUCUUCGUUAGUGUCUCUCAACUCGGUAGGAGCUUCUCCUUUGCAUCAGUUCUUGCAUCGUGCCUUCCUUGUAUUAUGGCUCACGAUGGCGAAGUUGUGGCCACGGAAAAUCGCGAGGAGCAAACCCCUCGCUCGGAGAAGAAGCGUAAAUUUGACGAUACGGCGGACAACGAGGAGCCUGUGCUUGGUAACACGAAUGGGAACAGCUUGGACGGUGGAGAAUCAGGCCCUGCCCCCGUCGUUUCGUAUAAUAAUGUGCCACCGCCGCUUUCAGAGUUUGAGAUCGCGAAGCAGAAGGCUGCCCAGAUAGCCGCGAGGUUGGUCGGGGCUGAGGCCAAGCGGCCUCGGACGGAAGAAACUAGUGCGGAGGAUCACAGUGCGCCUGUGCGCCCGAAUGGCUUGGAUCUGGGCGAAACCUUUGCUGAUGACAAUUCCAAGCAUAACCACGAACAGCCUCCGGAAGAAAAUUCUUCUUUCCAUCAGUUUCAGCAACAUCAAGAGUACCAGCAACAUAAUCCUCAGCAGUUUCAUCAACCUGCUCACCUUGAUUCUCAGCAGUACCAUCAGCCUCCUCAACAUGGUUCUCAUCAGUAUUACAACCAAGGCGGUCCUCAUGAAUCAAGAAAGAUCGAGGUGCCAAAUUCUAAGGUUGGACUUGUUAUUGGCAAGGGAGGCGAGACCAUCAAGUACUUGCAACAUCAAUCUGGUGCUCGUAUUCAAGUGGCAAGGGAUGGUGAGUCCGAUCCUCGCUCGUCAACACGGCAAGUAGAGCUUAUGGGCACCCCUGAGCAGAUCAGUAGAGCGGAGCAGCUUGUGAAAGAUGUCAUUGCUGAGCAGGCCUCCACUGGGGCUCCUGGCGGUGCAUUCGGUGGUCGUAGUUUUGGCGGUCAUGGGGGAGAGCAAGUACAAAUUAAAGUUCCGAACAACAAGGUUGGAUUGAUCAUUGGAAGAGGUGGGGAGACGAUUAAAAGCCUUCAGAGUCGUUCCGGAGCUCGAAUUCAGGUGCAAAAUGACUCUGAGACUGAGCCAGGGGCCACCGAGAGGGUGGUUACGCUCAUAGGAAUCAAGAAGGUUACUGAUAUGGCGUAUGAAUUGAUUAAGGAAGUAAUUGACGAGAAUCGUACCUCAAGACCUCCAGGUGGCUACAACCUACAGUAUGGUUCUGGAUACAGACCCUCAGGGCCUCAGCAAUGGGGUCCACCGGGUGCCCCUCCACCUUAUGGAUACCAGCAGCCUGCUCAUUAUCCUGGUCCUCCCCAACCAUAUCCGCAAGCACCCCCCCAAGCUUAUGGUCAAUUUUCCCAACAACCUCCUGGCGUUUAUUCUUCUGGUUGGGAGCAGCGGUCACCUGCAUCUGCUACACAGGCUCAACAACAAUCAUCUUAUGACUACUAUGGGCAGCAAAAUCAGCAGGCACAUCAACCGCCUCAGGGUGCAACAAAUCCUCCUAAUUCUGCUGGCUAUAAUCAGCAAAGUUACUACCAAGGUUACCAGCAACAGUCUGCUCAAGCUCAAACAUACGGUGAUCCGGCUACAACAUACAGUCAGCAAAGUUACUCUCAGCAGGCAUAUGUCCAACCACCUUACAGUGGAUAUUCAUAUGCUCCGCCUGCUCAAGGUGACCAGCAAUCGUAUGGGCAACAAGGAUAUCCUGCUUAUGGACAAAGUCAAACUGGCUACACUGCCACAUCUGGAGAGACAACAGCUCCACCUGCUACAAGUGGCUACGAUUAUAAUUCAGCUGCUGCUGGAAGUGUGCCUGCCGUUCCAGGUAGUCAGCCUCCAGCCGUAUCAGCCACUCAAAGCUAGGGAUGUGGUAAUUCAUAACCUCUGUUUUAUUGUCUCUGGUGUUCAAGGGAAUAUUGUCAUGUUGUCAGGUCCUCUUUUGUGCUGGAUUUGUCUAUUGAACAUUGCAGGUUAUUCGAUCAUGACAAACGGAUUUGUAACAAUCUGGAGUAAUUAGGUUUGCUGUAAUGUAGCGAUGCAUUAUUAGGCCUGUGUAGACAAUGGAUUACUGCAGCACUGGCUGCCAUGUGAAUGUUGUCUGUUGGCCGUCAAUGUAGCCUAUAAUUAACUACUUGGGGGCAAGCCACAGAUUUUGGUGAACUUUUUGCUUAUAAACAAUCUUUCACUUUGUAGCGGA